CGGCUUGUGGCCGUGCGCGAGUUAACUUGUGCGUCGUACUUUUGCGGUUGCCGUUUAUUCCCUGCGUUUCCCAAACAAUUUCAGAACAACGUUAUCAACUCAACGUCCGCAGAGAGUAUGAGUGAGUUUUGAAAAUGGUGUAUUUCGAAUAACGAGUCGUCUCAUAUUCCAAGUUCAGCACUGAUUUUUGCGAAUAAAACGUAACUGAAAAAGAACUACGAUCUUCACGAGUGCAGUGCACCUGCAACGGUUUUACCCCCUGGAAACCUGGAUUAAAUUAAACGCACGUCAUCGUCGAACUGCAUUCGUUGGAUGGAAAAUAAAUUCGAGAACUCGAUGGAGGCAUACGCUGCACGUCAACCACCGUCGAUAUAAAAAAGAAGUCUACAAGCUGUCGGUCGUAUCGGAUGUGAACGAGGGAAGAAAAUUAUAUCUCGGAGAAAUUCUUUUUUUUUUUCCUUCUCCUCUAAAUUCUGCCGAAUUAAACGAGGGAUGAAUAUGGCGGUAAACGGAGGUGAGAAGUGGCGGGUACAGUUUCGGUCUCAUCGUAACGCUGCUGCGAUUCCAUACCUCGUAACGUUCGUUACAAAUUUUUUAAACAGUGAGUGAAAAAUUGAAGAAGCAUAAGAAGAAAAAAGUCAAGUUAAAGUUUUACCGAAGCAACCGCGUGGCGAUAGUUGAAUUAAAGUACGAAAUUUUGUGUCGAAUGCAAAGUGAAGUGCUUUCAAUGAAACGUUUCGAAUAUUAUAUCUUCGUCCGAUAAAAUAUACAGUUCAGUGGUGGUCGAAGGUUCGAAAGUGCGGAUCGUUGUGAUUGAAUCGAUCGAAUUAAUGAAAUAAAAAGUGGGAAAUCUAGUGCCGAUGCUAAUAUCGUACAGACGUAGGAUGUUGUAGCAGGUUUCGCCUAUUAUGACCGAGUACCUGGACACCCACUUUGUUCGGGCUCUUUGCCGCGAUCCAGACAGACGAACUCUUCAGGAUCUGCAAAUUAUUUAUUACGGACUGCUCGGACUCGAGGCACUUCGUCCUUGCAGAGAUUCGAUUCUUCGUGGAUUGUGCAAGAUCGUUCGUUACGAGAGACAUCAUGCAAAUCACGUUCUAUACUACACCGGGGAACUCGCGACCAGCUGGUACAUCUUGCUGUCCGGUUCCGUUUUCAUCGAUGGCUCGAUGUUCCUCCCCCGAUCCAGCUUUGGGAAGCGAACGGGAGGAAGUGCCAGGAGGCCGAACGAAUGCUUCGUACUGGAGCCCUCCGAGAUGAUAGUCAUCGACUAUCCGGAAGUACACGGUGGGGGCGGCAGAAUGCACAGACCGCCUCAUCCCAUUACCGACCAUCGCCAAGUCAAUUUGGUCUUCGAUGAGACGUUUUCACAGGGCCUAACGGGAAGGCCAGAACUCUUUCAGAAGUCAAAUAGAAGCAGUCAUUCUAGUGACACAAGCUCCGCUUACAGCGGUUCUGACACCAUGACGUCUGUGCCAGGUUCUCUGGACGCUGAUACCGACGAGCUCGACCUAUCAGGGCUAGUAGAGUCAAUAGUUGACAGCGAUGAAGAAGAAGAUCUUGCAGAAAGUAUGGACAGCUUGACCGUGCGCGACACAAUGAGAGACUGUCUGGAAAAAGAUCCUGCCGAACGCACAGCUGAUGACAUAGAAAUACUCUUAGAAUUUACGCAGCACUUGAAAGCUUUUACCAACAUGACUUUGGCAGUGCGCAGGGCUUUGUGCGCUGUCAUGGUAUUUGCAGUGGUUGAACGUGCAGGAAUGGUGGUUCUAAAUGAUGGUGAAGAACUAGAUAGUUGGAGCGUGCUAAUUAAUGGAGAAGUUGAAGUUGAACACAGUAAUGGAGAGGUGGAACAACUUACCAUGGGAGACAGUUUUGGCAUCCUACCCACUAUGGAGAGACUCCUGCACCAAGGGGUCAUGAGAACAAAGUGCGAUGACUGUCAGUUUGUCUGUGUAACACAGGCAGAUUACUUCCAGAUUCAAAGUCAGGGUGAAGAAAAUACAAGGCGGCAUGAAGAGAAUGGUCGAGUAAUCUUAGUCACCGAAUUACGGGGUGCUCCUGAUGGUGUUGCGCGAAGAGGUCACGUGGUGAUUCGUGGAACGCCUGAAAGGCUAAUGUUACAGUUGCUAGAAGAUACCAUCACAGAUCCCACCUAUGUUGACGAUUUCCUGUUAACGCAUAGAACUUUCAUUGACAAUCCCAUGUUCGUUGCUAACCAGCUUUUAGAAUGGUUCAAUCAAGCACAGGUCAGAGACCGUGUUACUCGUGUAGUCCUGCUGUGGGUCAAUAAUCAUUUUACUGAUUUUGAAACUGACCCGUGUAUGAUGGAGUUCCUAGAGGCUUUCGAAAUCGGACUGGAACGUGAAAAGAUGCAAGGACAGUUGAGGCUGCUGAAUAUCGCAUGUGCAGCAAAAGCUAGAACACGAAAUGUCACAUUAGCAAGGCCGAGUCGGGACGAAAUGCUGCACUUCACUAUCUUAGGGGGGUAUGACAGGGGUUUCGGCAUCUUCAUCUCUAAGGUUGACAAAAAAUCAAAGGCUGAAGAUGUCGGAUUAAAACGGGGUGAUCAGAUUCUUGAGGUGAAUGGGCAAAGUUUUGACCAUGUGACUCAUACCAGGGCCCUCGAAAUCCUGAAAGGUUCCACGCACCUCAGUAUUACUGUAAAAUCCAAUCUCCUUGCAUUCAAGGAGAUGCUCCAAACGCCCGACAAUUCGCCAAGACCAAGAGGGAGGGCGAGUAAGCCAGAAAUAAUAAGAUUACAAACUGAUCCUCGCGUGAGACUGUCUACACACGUGGAUCCUCUGACACCAGUUAAUCCUGUGAAUCCUUUGGUCGGUGGUGUGCCGCUGUUAACCACAGAUAUCAAUGUCUCGCCAUGUAAAGAUGCAAAGAAGGAACAUAAAGGGUUUAUGACGCUUGGGCCGAAAAGGAGGCUACAAAAGGCACUGAUGAAAAUGAACAUAUUGCCAAAGAACACUAUCAAUGACGGAAUACACAAUGACGAUCCUCUCGCACCACCUCACACACCUCCCGGAACAGGUCUGGCGCAAACUAUGAACCUGUUUCAUUCGAGAAGCAAUCCGGAUAUUACAUCGAUAUACUGUUACGACGAUCUCCGUGCACCUGACUACCCGGAGCACGUUCUUAAAGUUUACAAAGCAGAUCAGACUUGUAAAUAUUUACUCAUACACAAGGAAACGACAGCGCAUGAGGUGGUAAUGCUGGCUCUGCAAGAGUUUGGAAUGACGGACAGCAGUUCGAAGUUUUCACUGGCAGAAGUUAGUGUUGGCGAAGGCGGCAUGAUCAAGCAAAGAAGGUUGCCAGACCAGCUACAAAAUCUUGCCGAAAGAAUCGGGCUAAGUUCUCGCUACUACCUAAAAACGAAUGGCGUUUCUGAGACUCUAGUUGCAGAUGAACAAGCGCCGGAACUCAUUCGUGAAUCUCAAGUUCAUUUCCUUCAACUGAAUGCUGUUGAAGUAGCAAUUCAAUUAACACUACAAGAUUUCAGCAUAUUCAGGCAAAUUGAGUCCACAGAAUACGUCGAUGACUUAUUCAAGUUAAAGAGUAGGUAUGGAGUCCCAAUGCUUAGUCACUUUGCUGAGCUCGUUAACCGAGAAAUGUUUUGGGUUGUUACGGAAGUUUGUUCAGAACACAAUCUGGUGAGGCGGAGCAAGAUCAUCAAACAGUUCCUCAAAAUAGCCAGGCAGUGUAAAGAAUGCAAAAACUUCAACUCCAUGUUUGCUAUUGUCUCCGGUCUGGGUCACGGAGCUGUAUGUAGACUGAGAGGGUCUUGGGAAAAGCUCCCCAGCAAAUAUCAAAGACUAUUCACUGAUUUGGAAAAGCUCAUGGACCCGAGCAGAAACAUGUGCCAGUACAGACAGCUAGUAGCCUCGGAACAAACGCAGCCACCUGUUAUACCCUUCUACCCAGUCGUUAGAAAAGACUUGACUUUCAUCCACUUGGGCAAUGACUCGAGGGUUGAGGGGCUUGUCAAUUUUGAAAAACUCAGAAUGAUUGCUAAAGAAGUCCGAACGCUGACUAAAAUGUGCUCUUCGCCAUACGACCUGAUGACAAUGACUGAUAUCGGCGGACAGGCACUAAGUUCUGCUAUGGUUGCAAUGAAUCAAAUGAACACCGCCAAUCAAGGUGGACAAACGGCAACUGUGAAAAGACGUAAAAAGUCGACUGCUGCUCCAAAUCAUAAAAAAAUGUUCGAAGAAGCCCAGAUGGUUCGCAGAGUCAAAGCUUACCUAGCAAACAUGAAAGUAAUUACCGAUGAAGAGCGUCUGCAUGCUUUGUCGGCUGAGUGUGAACCCCACGCGGGUGCUAUUGCAGUAGCUGCAGCUGUUCCACUCGGUACGCGCGGCAGAAGACAUCCGUCACCCACCUUGUCUACGACUAGUAGUGCAAGUAGCACAAGCGAAGGCCGCAAGAGCAUACAAGGCACCAAAUUUGGCGCCGCAUCACCGCAGGCAGUGAGAAAAAUGCUCGCCCUGUCGGACCCUCACAAGACCCGACCCCACCAAUCCAAGCAUUGCCCACCUCCGCUACCAGUCCCAGGCUUGGCCCUACACUCGAGUGGUUUAGAACAAAGUCCUGGUGCUCCAAGAAGAGUUGGUUCUGGAACUAGGGUGCCAAUGCACGAGAGAUCGCACAGCGACACACCGUCUGGUCUCCCACCCCCUGUUGACUUGAGUGCCGAAAGCAGCAGCGUUACCAGUCUGAGUAAUUUGCAGCCUCUCAGGAAGACGUUAACAAGCGGUUCCGUGACAAGCAGUGACAGUGGUCACAGUACCCAAUUGGACAGUCAUAGUGGCAGCAGUGUUGAAGCUGGUGGCAGCCCACCUCCUCCGCAGAGACGACACUCCGCCAUGCAAGGGUCUGUUAUGAGGGGGGGACUACCUCCGUUCCCACAUGCAGUCGCUGUGCUGCCUCCACUUCCUGCCACCUACAACCACUACUAUCACCACCCCCAACCUCCUCAAGGUAUGGGAGUUGGUAUUGGCUUGCCUCCUGGAGGAAUGAUGAUGCGAGGUGGUCCAACUCGCCAACCACCUGCCUAUAAAGUAGCUGCGCAGAUGGCUAGGCUCCACAGAUUGGGCAGAGCCCAUAGCCACGAGGGGGUCACGUAUCACACCGACCACGACGAUGAUGACGAGGAUGCUCAAGUCUCGGCGGUGUAAUAAUCUGCGCUAAGAUUAAACAGGCCGAUAUUAUAUUAUGUUAGUUAAUUUCUUAUGAAACAAAUCACAAAACUCGCCGUUGAUAUAUAGAUUUUCUGAAUGAAAGUGCUGGGACAUUUUUUUUACGGUAUACGAAUGCCAAUAGCAGGUAACAGAAUCUUCCUUUUAAAAUAGUGGACAUACUUCUUCGGCGGUGUAAAAAGCGAAAGGAUUACCGAAACUGAUAAUAUUUAAGUAGAUGAUGAUAAUAUAAUUGACUGAUCUCACGAUGACACAGAUCAGUUAUCUGAGAUUUUUAGCAAAGGUUUUGGCUUCAAGACUGUGAGAGUACUGAGUAGAAAUCUUCGGUUGUGUCGUUCACUCGAGAAAGAGAAUGAUGUUAGAGAUGGGUACGUUCUAUCCAGCCUACAUUAUUGUCAAUUUUUUGGCUUUAUUUUACUUUCUUCGCCAGUUCGAGGAACUAGUUCGUUGGUCCACACCGACGACAUCGGCAAUUUGAUGAUUCGAUUAUCAAGUGAAUUAACUAAAAAAAAAAACACCAAGAACUUCAAUUUUCGUGAAAUAUUGAAUUUUACAUCAGGCUGGUCUGAAAUCCAUCUUUUAAUAACAGUGAAACGAAACAAAAUUCCUCCAACAACAUUCACUUUCAACGAUAUAAUCUGAAAACUUGAUUGUUUGAUAAGUACGUAUCAGGCUAGCGGACCACAUGUUUUUAUUUUAUUUAAUUUUCAUUUUUAUUUCGAAGAAUUUUUUUUUUUAAACUAUACCAUGUUCAGUUUGCGGGAUGACAAGCUAGUAGUAUUUAUACUUACGAAAAAUCUAUAGAAGAGUCAGAUUGUGUUUUUCGAAACGGAAAAUAGAGACUAAAAUAUAGAUAUCUGCUCAUUUUAAAUCUACAUAACGCGGAAUAUCCGAGCGAUGUGUGCAACGACGUUGAAAAAUUAUUUCUUUCCUCAUAAAACCUGCAAAAUACCUUCCAAGUACGUGAUGACAUGGUAAGACUAAUCAUAAACUAUUUAAGACAAAAAAAUAAUUACAAAAACCGUCUAAUAUACGUCAUAGGUAUAGAUAAAACUACAAAACCUAUGAGGCAACAAAAGGAGACUUUCUUUUCCAUCAAAUCAGUGUUCAAGAUAAAAUAAUUUGAACCGGAUUUGAUUUGUAUUUAAGUAAUAUUCUAUAUACAUGUGUAAUAAGUUGAGCCCAAAGAUGUUAAAUAUCGUUUAUGCUGAGCGCGGAACGGCUUCUGUAUUAUAUACUUUUAAGUUAGCUUUUAAAUUUUGUAAGUCGAGUUGAUGUAAAUAGUCUAGCGUUUAAUUCCCAGAGGAUAAUAUGAAUCAGACCUUAUCGUUAGUUCAAAUUCGCAUCUAAACUGUUAAAUAUUAACUGAACAAAUCUCUUCGGGUGCGUAUGAUAUUCUAAGACAAAGCACAGGUUGAUACGUGACAAAAUUAAAAAAUAUAUUCCACAAAUUUUUAUUAACGGUAAAUUUACUCAUGAUAUUUUAGGCAUAAUAAAUCUACGGAUAAAAACAUACAAUAAAAUGAAGAAUAAAUCUGAAAUCAUUAUUACUCGAUAGUAAUGGGAGAAAAAAAGAAGAAAAAUUCUGUGCGUAGUAUUAUUUUUCUGUUUUUUUUUUUUCUUUUCUUCUUUUUCUCCGUUUUAUCCAUGAUAUGAAGAGGUGGUCGUGAUAUGUUUUGUCAUGCAUUAGAUACCUGUCAAAACUCCGUCUGCACGGAUCGAAAGUGGAUUGUGUUAAAUAAAACUGGAAUUUGCUAAACUAAUAUAUUUUAUUAGAACGAUAAUGAUAGUUAUAAUAACAAUGAUACCUGUAUGUAUAUGUAUUGGAUGGUUGGUUGAUUGAAUUCUUAAAAACAGAAAACUGAAGGGCCUAAACCCCGAGGUGAAAACUUUUUAAUUUCAUUUUUAUUUUUAUUUUUAUUUUUAUUUUUUCCCCCAAUGUCUGCCAAGUAUAGUGUAUUACAAAAAUCGAGUGUCCAUGAAGUCAAAAAAGAAAAGAAAAAUUAUAAUUCAGAUAUUAUUGAAAUACUAUAAACGAUAAUAUGAAACUCAAAACGACAAUCCGCAUCCAAAGUUAUCAUUUCUACUCGCAAUGUUGUUUUAUCGGUUUAUUUGUAUUUAUUUGUUAGUUAUUCGAGGCCAGAUCAUAGCAAGAAUGAAAGAAAAGAGAAAGAAAACCGAGCCGCAUAAGGUGAACAAAUAUUGAUAAUAGAAUUUUAAAUGUUAAGAUAAACCCCUGAUGACUGAGUGACGUAGAAUUGUCGAAGAAUUUCUAUUUUUUAAAUCGUGUAAUAUUAUAUUUCUUCGCAACUUUCUCAAAUAAUUUUUUAACCGUAAAUUUUUGACUUCUUGGUUGCCUAUCAACUAACUCUUGUACGUAUCCUAUCUUUUACAUAUCUUGAAAACAAGAAGAAAAAAAAACAAAGGAAAAAACAAAUAGAAGUAUCUAAAAACUUUUCUUGACAUUAUAUUAUAUUUCUUAACGAACGUGCCCACCAAUAACUAAAAAAUCACAUGCGCCUACAUGACGAAAACUUAAUAUUAAAAGAAAAAGGAAAAAAAAUAAAAAAAUUAUCUUAGAAUAUUAACACAACAACUUUGAAAUCGAACUUUAGUUGACACAAAAUUUUUCCCACGCAUUCACAUUCCCCAUGCAUUUACAUUUUAUUAGUCACCAGUUUUAUCUACCACUAGAUCGAAUCAAUUCAUUGUUUCUCUAAUCACCGCAGUUCUUACGAUCUAUUUAUCAUUAUUAUAACACUUGUCGCACCUUAUGAUGAUUGAAAAAAAAACAGAAAACUUGUGGUCAACAUUUUUUUUAUAAAAAAAUUACGUAUUCAUAUCAAAGAAUUCCGAAGCUGAUAAAAAUUGAAGUGAAAAAAUGUUUUAGAUAAACUAAAAAACGAGAAAUCUCAUAUAAAAUAAUAAUAUUAAAUAAUAAUAAUGACAGGGUUUGUAUGGAAAAUAAUGUGCUAUGGUGGUGUGAUUGUUAAUUCAUUGAGUUAGAAGUACUCAUCGUAUACUGCACCAAGAGACGUUGAUAGGUGAAGUAUUUCUCAAUGUCAAAGUUCGUAAUUAUGUAUAGGUAAAUAAAAUUGCGUAUUACCCCUAUGUACAGAAGUUCACAAAUACAUACACACGACUACAUUCACACACACUUAAACGCUUUUUAGAGAAAGAUUAUUUAUUUCGACUAAAGAACUCCAUAAUAUUCGCAAAACACCUAAUCUAGUGUAUGCAGUAAAUGAAAAGCGAAAUGAUAAUCUGUUUCUAUUAUAAUUUUUUCUUCGUUCUUUUUUUUAAAUUAUAUAUAUAUAAUAUACUUUGUCUCUGUUAUUUUAAUUAUUUAUAACAUAUAAGCAUGCGACACGAAAAAAAAACCUUUUGUAUUUAAUUUGUUUAAUAAAACUUCAAAGUCAUAGUACAAUGAUGCGAGUGCUGUUUUUUUAUUUUAGUUUUCAUUUAUUUAAUAAUUUUUUACUUAACGUACGAAAGGAAAAAACGCAAUUAUCGGUCGAUAUAUUUAUUUAUUUGUAACAGUUGUGUGUACUCUGUGCUUUAGUUCGCGAGACUUACAAUUAGCAUCAGGGUAGUUAUUGAAAACUGGAAUACCUACCUGAAAGGGCAAACAUUUCAGCACUCGUGUAAACUAUUUUUACGUUCUAUAAUCGAAAUUACAUUUGUUUUUUUUUCAAUUCAAUUAAAAGCUGGAAUCCGCACAUUGCCUGUAUGAAACAUGUCGUUCUAUUUUUCAUUUUAUUUCAUAAUUUUUGGUCGAUAAAUAUUUUUUUUUAAUCAUGGAGAAUGAUUGAUACUCGUCAACUGUAUUUUUGAAUUCAUGACAAGCAUUGAUUUGUAAUAGUGAUUUUUCUCUUUUUGUUCCUGUUAUGCAACAGCAAAUUAUUACACUUAUAGAAAACAAAAAAAAAAGAUAUAUAUACAUAUUUAUAUAUCUGUAUAUGUAUAUUACACAUAUGAGAAUAAGCUCGAUUAGUGUAUUGUAUAAUUAUAGGGCGAACAAUAAUCAGCCUAAUAACGAUGUUCGGUCCAUCGAAUGUAUACGCGGAAUUUAGUAUCCUAUAAGAAAACGUGGGUGAUAUUGGCACUGUCGCGUCUUGAUUUAAUCGUAAAAAUUAGAAGAACUCGAAGCCAAUAAAUACACCGAACGUAAAACAAUUCCAACAAAUAUACCUAAUUAUAUUUCCGACAAACUUUACGAAUAUUAUACGAGUAUACAUUAAUCAAAUACCUAUCAUAUGAACUCAUGAUAUUAUAUAUACCUAUCCAUAUGCUGUACCAAUUCUAUACCUAUAUAUCUAACCCAUAUACCUAUAUACUGAAGAAAUGCAUACGUCUCUAUAUGUAUUUUUACUAUUUUGUAUAAUACCACAUUGUUUUCUAUAUUUAUGUACUCAUAAAAUAUAUAUAUAAAUAUCUAUAAAAUUGAAUAGCCUGCGGGGUCGUAAGAAAUGAUGAUAUAUCUAUAGAUUUAUAGCAUGUAUAGCGAUAUGUUACUCCGUGCAGCAGCCGAGGGUAAAGAAAAUCUGACGAAAAACUAAGAAAAAAACUACAAGACAAAAAACGAAAAAAACAGAAAUGGAUGUCGACUAAAAAACUCGGUACUGCUGCAGGUGUGUUCUAUCUGUCAAUGUACCUAUGUAAAAUUCCAAAUAAUAUAUAGUAUUCCACCAA